GCUGCCGCCCCUGCGGGCCGCGCCGCCAUUAGCCCCGUCCGGGCCCGCGCCGCCUUCGCGGGGGACAGCGACGUGCUGUGGAAGCGCUGCGAAGCGCUGGUGAACCGCAUGUGCCGGCUGGAGAGUGUCGUCCAGACCCUGAAGCUCAAUGUCUUCCGACUGCAGACGGAAAAGGAGCUGAACCCGCAGCAUGCAGCCCACCUGGAGCAGCGCUUGAGUGCGGUGCAGGAGGAGCACCUGCAGGAACUGAAGGCCAUACAGCUCGAGUUACUAACAUCGCACCAGCGGCUCAGUGAGGCACAGGAGGCUGAAGAAAAGGCCAAGGAAGACAUUCAGAGACUGAGCUCCGCGCUUGAGAUGGCAACAGCAACCAAGACAGAUGCAGCAAUUGCAGUAGAACAACUGAGGACAACAAAACAGAAAAUGAAUUUUAGACUUCAGGAGCUAAGGGAGCAGCUGUCUAAGGAGGCAAGUCAACGGCAGUCCCUGGAGAAAUCCCAAGUAACCAUGCUGCGUCACAUGCAGGAUAUGGAAAGGACUGUGGAGGCAGAACGGAAACAGGUGCAGCUGUUGCAGCAGGACUGCCAUGGUCUGCACCAGGAGGUCCAGCUAGUCCGAGAGAAGCUACAGAAGGAGGAAGAGAGAACUAUACAACUGGAGCAGGAAUGUACACAGUUGAAAGCUGAGUUGGAAUCCAAAAAUUGCAUCAUUUCCCAACUGACUGAAGAAGCAAAAAAUACACAGGUCUCUUUCAGCAGAGAACACAAGGAGAAUAUGCAGUUGCAUUCUGAAAUAACUGUCCUGCGAGAGACAGCUGAAAAAGUACAGGCCCUUAAUGAUCAGUUAAACCAGCAGUGUUCAGAGCUGAGUGCUACGCUCCGAAGUGUUUCCAUGGAGAAUGUUAAACUUGUUUCAGAUCAUCAAGCCAUGCUUAAGGCAGAACAGGAGAAAAUGACUCAAAAACUGCAAGAACAGGACUUGCUGCUGGAUGCUGCUCGUGCCAACAUUAUGGAGGAGUUGCAAAAUGUGCAGAAGGAAAAAGCUCAACUUCAGAGACAGCUGGAGACCCUGCGCUCUGAGCAUGCCACCUGCAAACAGAAAGCAAGCAUAGCCGAGCAGACAGCAACCACACAAAAAGAACUGCUAGAAUCUACUAUUACUAGACUACGAGGUGAACUGGAAACAGCACUGAGAGAGAGAGCAUCUCUCCUGAUGGAAAAGGAAGGCCAUCAGCAGGAAAUAGAAAAAACAGCAAGUGAAGUAAUACAGGAGAGGAACCAGCUGGAAAUUGAACUAACUGAGAACAAGUUGGAAAUGGGUGCUAUGAGAUCCACACUGCAGACAUUAGAGGAAGAAAACAUGAGGUUAAUGGGCCGUUUAGCUGCACUGGAACACCAGCAGCAUGCCCAGCAGCAGGUAGAACAGAUUCUAGCAGAACUGACUGAUAGUAAGAAUAAACUUGCCUACGACAAAGGAAAGCUUCAGACCAAAGUCCAGGAGCUGGAAGAAGAGUUGCAGUCUCUUGUAGAUGCACACUCGGAGAAUAGCCAGCUUCGCAAGCUGAAUACAGCAUUGGAGACCAAAUAUACUCAGGUGAACGCAGAACUUAGUUCUGUCAGGAUUAACAUGCAAAGGAUUGAAGCUCAGCUGAAGCAGGCACAGACUGUUUUUGAACAUAAGAAAGACGACUUCUCUCUGGCAGUCAAAUCCCGAGAUGAAGCCUUACGAGAGUGUCAGAAGAUCAAGGGACAGAUGGAAGCCAUGGAAGAGAGAGAGAGACAUAAGGUGGCAAAUUUACAGCGCCAAUUAAAGGAAGCAAAGGAGAAUAAUGACAAAGUGGCAACCAUACUGGAGAAUGUGUUGGUUUCUCAUAGCAAGAUGCAGGCAGCUCUGGAGAAGGUACAGACCGAGCUGGGAUCUAAGGAUUCCGAGAUCACCAGCCUCAGGAAAGAUAGAACCCAAAGCCAACAGAAAAUACAAAGAUUAGAAGCAGAAUUGGAGCAGUGCCAGGCCAAACUGGUUUUCAUAGAAACCCAACACAAUAACCAGGUGGGGCCACUUCGUAAAGCACUAGAAGCUGCAAGAGGUGACAACAAGAAACUUGCCAUUAGUUUGGAACAAACUCUGCAAACCAACAGUACCCUGCAGAGCAAGCUGACCCAGACCCACUGUGAAUUGGACAGUAAAGAAAUUGAGUGUCAAAAGCUGAUCAUUUGCAGGCAGCAGCUAAUUGAAGAAGCCAAGACUGGGGAAAAGUUGUAUUCCGAACGCUUGGAGUCUUUGAGGAAGCAAUUUCAGACUGAGCGAGAAGCUACCAAGAAGGCGGCCCACAGAGAAUCAAUUGAGCUGAAGAAAGCUCUUGAUAAAGCCUCCUCCAAAUCUGCUGAAGUGUCUCGGACGAACAAGGAGUUGCGGCAGAAGGUAACGGACUUGGAAAAGUCUCUGGACAACUACAGGGAGAAGCUGAAGAGCCAGAAAGCUCAAAUCAGACACCUUUUGGCCUCCAAGGCCAACAACGCCCAGAACACAGAAAGGAUAAAGGAGAUUGAAUCUGAACUGAGGCAAAUGGAGGUGAUCAAACAGCAAUAUCAAAAGAAAAAUUAUGAACAGUCACAGAGCAUCCAGAAAUUUAUGACAGAGUUAACAGGUUUGCAGAGUGAGAUGCAGAUGUUAGCCAAAAACCAGUAUGAAGUAGAAACACAAAACAGACAGCUGAAGACCCAGUUGGAAUUACAGCGGAAACUGCGACAGCAGCUAGAGGACCAAUGUCAGAGCCUGGAAGAAACAGUCAAACACCUGAAGAAAUGCAAAGAGGAAACUGAGCAGAAACUGAAAGAAGCCAGGGUAGAGUCAGAACAGAUCACAGCUAACCUGGAGGAAGCUCAUCGCUGGUUCAAAUUUAAGUUUGACAGACUGCAGCUAGAGCCAGUAAAAAACCAUCAGCUGAAGAUCCCUAAUGAAAAUAGUUAUGAAAAGGAGGCCCAGAAGGAAGAAGCAAUGAAACUUCCUAGCCAAGCCUCCCUAAAUCGCUGGGAGACCAAACAGCAGCUCAAACUAAUUGCCAGGAAGUAUCAGUCUGAGCUGGACAGGAAGUGAUGUCAUGUGACCCAUCUGAUCCAGCCUAAUCUACCACCUGUGAACAGCAUAGUUUCUGGCCAGAUCAUCACAUUCUGGCAGCAGAUGUACUCAGGGUAAUCCUAAGCCUAAAGCACCUUAACAUACAAGUAACUGCAUAUUUAUGGAGAAGACUUUUUGAGUGAACAUAAACAGAGGCCUUGUCACCUGUGCGUUUGAAGGGGGCCCUGCAAUUAAAACAGAUAUGGACUUGCUAGUUAGUGCACCAGUGCACAGACAGGUUUUUGUAUACUUAAUAGUGUUAUAUUUAAAUCAUAUAUUUUGCUUCUGAUUAACUUGUAAGUCUCGGCUAUCCAGUACUACUGAGACAUCAUUGUCUGAGACCCAAAUUACCAUUUCCCCCUAUUUUAAAAUGAUGGAACUAAGAUUAGCCAAAGCUAUUUAUAGCAAAGAUAUUCUCUCUAAAGCAGCUGUAUAGGAAGCUUUACCUCCCAGCCCUCAUUUGAGUUUUGACAGCUUAAAAUUAGGCCUGGGUUUGCAAGGCAAGCAGGUGUUAGCAAUACUUUGAGAACCCAGAAUGCUCUCAAGGGGAUUUAGCCUCUUCGGAAUGGUCUGUAACAUUCAUGGGUUAGCGAGAGUAAAACUUCCUGAGCCAAGGUAGGCACGUGUCCAUUGCUGGGUGUUUCUGAUUUGUGGGAUCAGUUCUCAGCUGAUAAAAAUGACUCUACUGCUGCCAACAGCAGCUGAGUCUAAGCAGUGAGGAAACAGAGAUGUCAGCCCAUUCUGGAACCCUACCUAUUUGCAAGGUACAUGGGAGGGGAUCAUGGUAUAUAAUCAGGGCCAGUGUGAUUAACGUAACUGAUUCAGCCUGUCCCACUUUGGACAAAAAAGUCUUAAUUUUUAUAUCUCAAAGGAAAGAAGUUUUAAAUACUAAUGUCUUUUGCUUUGGAUGGCUCCUUUGUUUCACUGCUCGGCUGAUAAUCACUUAUGACCAUCCUACUCCUCUGGCUGGACUUUACAGCAUAACCCAGCGUAACAAGAUGCGUGCUGUGACAGCCCUAACUUCUUAUAAAUUAUCAGUACUGUUGGCAUCUGACCAUGUGGUGUUCUUUGCUUCUGCAGAGCCUGAAAUGAGAGACUUUGCCUUCCUAUAGGAUCAGGUCAGGGGCCAAGCACAGUUGGUGCCUAGUUAAUGCUACCCCAGCCUGCUUAUAAACCUGCAUUUGUACCACAUGGACUUUAAAUGACAAUAGCUUGCUCCACUUAAGUUAAAGAAUGAUGCUUGUUAACUUCAAGUGGACUGCCUCAAAAAAUCCUAAAAUCUUGUUAAUACCACUUUGACUUUCCCCUCCCUAGAUACCAUUACGGUGAAGAGAUGCCAUACAAUUCACAUCUCCUCCCUGUAUUUAACUGGAUAAAGUGAGAACAAUCUUGUUUAUCCACCUCAUAGCAAUAAGUCAAUAGCAAACCUGCAACUAACUCCUGCUUUUCAUAGCACCAGACUAUAAAGCAGUCUUAACCUGAAACCAACCAAGGAAUAUUGCUUGCUGCCUUAUCUUUUUCUAUAAAUUAGAUCUAUUUCAUUAGGAAAUUAAUUUUUAAUUAUAAAUCACCGCGACCUUUUUCUGUAAAGGGCAGAAAACGUUCUUCUCUCAGAAGCCCAGCAAAAGGCACAAGUAGAAAUGGUUCAUUGGAGGGGAGAAACUGUGCCAGAUUCUGGCAUCCAGUUUCUUUCAGCAGUUGUUGCUGAUCCAUGUGUUUAGUGCAUUUUCCUUGUCAAGCUUCAUGCUGUCUCUUUUCAGCUACAGGUCUCUGGAGUGCUGUGUGUAAAUAUAAGUGUAAUCCAACCCUGUAGUUUCAAUAGCCAUUAAAUUGUCUUUAAUUUU